CAUGCAUACAUUCAUCAUCACAACAACCUCAACUCUUUUUGUAUAUCUCAUUGAUGUUCAUCCAAAUCGAAAAAACCGGCUCCUUUCUUUCUUAUCGUCAUCAUUUACAAAAUAGUAUCGGAUCCUAAAUUACGCCCAAACAACGUUUCUCAUCCCAAAACAACAGAACAAUGUCAGUCAUUCAAGGCUAUAAGCCAAUCCUUUUGCCGGCGGGUAUUUAUGCUCCAAUUCCAACUGCAUUUAUCGAAAAUACGGAAGAUUUGGAUUUGAAAUCGACUGUAAGACAUGCGAUCAGACUUGCCAAAGCUGGCGUUGGACUUGUGACAUGCGGAUCAACAGGUGAAGCAACUGCAAUGUCACCAAACGAAAGGGCACAAGUUUGUCAAGCAAUCCGAACAGCUUUACAGCAAGAAGCAUUACAAACACCAAUCAUUGCGGGAACGGGUGGUGGUAGCUUACGUGAAACAGUGUCAAUGUGUAAAGAUGCUCACAAAGCCGGUGCUGAUGCCGUGAUCGUGAUCAGUCCAAGCUACUUUGGUGCAAAUUUACAAUCUGACCGUAAAGCUCUCCUAGACUUCUUCCAUUCUGUUGCCGAUCAAAGCCCAUUACCCGUCAUGGUUUACAACUUUCCCGCAGUAACGAAUGGAAUCGAUAUGGACUCUGAAUUAUUAGAACAAAUCGCUCAACAUCCAAACAUUUGUGGUGCAAAAUUAACUUGUGCAGGUGUGGGAAAAUUAGGUCGUUUAGCCAAUAGUACAUCAGCAAAACAAGUUAAACGUCAAACACCUUUUCACGUCGCUCCCGGUUUUGGUGAUAUCAUCUUCCCAUGUAUGAUGAUCGGAGCAACGCUUGCAAUCGUUGGAACGGCGAACGUUGUACCGAGGUUGUGCAUUCAACAUUUCAAAGAUAUCAUUCAAUUUCAACAAUCUCCUUCGCGCGAAUUACUAAUUCGAAUUCAGGCUGAUCAAGAUAUCAUUUCUCGUUUUGAUCGUGCUACAAGUAAGACCGGAAUCGUAGGUACCAAAUGGAUGUUGGAAAGGUUUUAUUAUCCACAAGGUGCACCACGUUUGCCUUUGCGAAAGCUUGACGUUGAUUUUGCAUCGAUGCAAGAUGCUGUCAUGCCUGCUUUGCAACGGGAAGAACAAUUGGAACAAGAGAAAGGUGUCACGCAAGAUGCCAUGCAGAUGAAAAAGGUGCCAUAGACAGAGCCGAUGUGCUACUUCUUAGUUGUAUCCUUGUAAAAAAUAGGAUUGAUCUUUAUUUGCCAUCCGGCUAAAGUAUCUGAAUUCGACAGGGAUAGAAAACAAGUUCAACAUUAGUAUAGAUGAAUGUGUAGAAUUGCAUGGAUCUGGGUAUUUUGCAUUCUUGACUAUAUCUGGAGUUGAUCAGAACAUGGCCUAUCUGUAGAAAAGCUUAUGCGAAGACAGUCUCAUAUAAGCUUAGAUCAAGCUAGGUUUCUCCAUUCCCUGGGUAUUCUUUAUUCAUACAGUUGUGCCCACUAACAUCCAAACACC